AUGAAGCUGGCGGUCUUUAGCGCCAAAUCCUACGACCGUACCUAUCUGGACCAGGUGCGUGAGCAGCACUUUCCCGAGCUGUGCACCAUCGAAUACCAUGCCUUCGCGCUCUCUGAGGAGACCGUGCCACUGGCCCAAGGUUGCGACGCAGUGUGCGUCUUUGUCAACGACACCCUGGACGAGCGCGUGCUGAGAGCCCUUUACGCCUACGGGAUCCGUGCCAUCCUGCUCCGCUGCGCAGGAUUUAAUCAUGUCCAUCUCGCAACUGCCGAAGAGCUAGGCCUCUUCGUGGCGAAUGUCCCGGCAUACUCCCCCGAAGCCGUGGCGGAGUUCGCAGUGGCCCUGAUCCAAACCUUGAAUCGCAAGACCCACCGCGCAUACAAUCGUGUGCGCGAGGGCAACUUCAACAUCGAAGGUCUCCUCGGGAAUACCCUGCAUGGCAAGACCGUGGGGAUCGUCGGCGUGGGGCGCAUCGGGCUUGCAGCCGCGCGCAUCUUCCACGGCUUUGGGUGCCGACUACUUGCACACGACCCAUUUGCCGGCGAAGAGUUCCUCCAGUACGGGACGCUAGUUGACCUCGACACCCUGCUAAAGGAGAGCCAUAUCGUUAGUCUGCAUUGCCCCCUCACGGAGAGCACGAAGCAUCUCAUCAAUGAAGAGACGUUGGCGCGUAUUAGACCGGGUUCCUUACUGGUCAAUACCUCGCGGGGUGGACUCAUCCAUACCACGGCGGUCAUUCAGGCGCUGAAGACGAAGCAGCUGGGCGGGUUGGCAUUGGAUGUCUACGAAGCAGAAGGCGAGCUUUUCUACAACGACCACUCCGGGGAGAUCAUCGACGACGACGUGCUGAUGCGCCUGAUGACUUUCCAUAAUGUCUUGAUCUGUGGUCACCAGGGGUUCUUCACGCGCGAGGCCCUCGAGGAGAUCGCUGAGGUCACACUCGGCAAUCUGUCUGACUUUGUCUCGGCCCGCUCUUGCAAGAACUCCUUGGUUACGGAGGGACAUGUAUUAGUUCCCCUUCACACAGAGCCGGUCAGGCUCUGA